AUGUCAGGGCUCGAUGUCGAGGCGUUGCUCGAUUCCACUGCCACGAACGAUGUCAAAGGCAAAGACUCUCCCCGCGAUAGCGAUGACCGUCAUCGUAGCGACCGCUCCGAUCGUCGUGACAGGGAAAAACACCGUGAUGGCUCCCGUGAUCGUGACAAGGACCGCAAGAGACGAGAUCGAAGCCGAGACCGAGACCACCGUCGAGAGCGUGAUGAUGAGAUGAAGAGUCCCAGGAGCGAGCAUGGCAGUGCUAACGGCAGUCACAGAAGCAGCAGGAGGAGAAGCCGCAGCCGUGACCGGGAAGACGAUAGAAGACGUUCCAAACGUGACGACGACUAUCAUCGCAGACGCUCUCGAUCCCCAGAGUACGAUCGCUAUUACCGACCGGGUGGACGAUCAAAGCGUGAAGAUGACGACUACCGACGCGAUCGCGACAGGGACCGCCGUCGCUCGGGAAGUCCCAGAAAGCGCGUCAAGAGCAAGACUCCUGAGCCACAACUUACUGAGGAUGAGCGUGACAGGAGAACCGUAUUUGUUCAGCAACUUGCCGCUCGUCUGCGCACCAAGGAAUUGAUCCAGUUUUUUGAGAAAGUGGGCCCUGUUACAGAGGCCCAGAUCGUCAAGGAUCGAGUCAGUGGUCGUUCUAAAGGUGUCGGAUAUGUCGAGUUCAAGAACGAAGAGUCUGUCCCACUAGCCAUUCAAAUGACCGGACAGAAACUCCUCGGCAUUCCCAUAAUUGCACAACUCACUGAAGCAGAAAAGAAUCGACAAGCUCGCAACCCAGAGGCUACUACCAGCAAUCACAACACCAUCCCUUUCCACCGUCUCUAUGUGGGCAACAUACACUUCAGCAUUACUGAACAAGAUCUACAGAAUGUGUUUGAGCCAUUUGGUGAGCUUGAGUUUGUGCAACUACAGAAGGACGAGGGUGGUCGUAGUCGUGGCUAUGGCUUUGUACAGUUCCGUGACCCGAAUCAAGCACGUGAGGCCCUUGAAAAGAUGAAUGGUUUUGACCUCGCAGGCCGCCCAAUCCGAGUUGGACUCGGGAACGACAAAUUUACUCCCGAGUCGACUGCCAAUCUCCUGCAACGCUUUCAAGGCCAAAAUCCUCCGCCUGGAUUUCAGGGCUCGGCAUUCUCAGGCUCUGGUGGCCGUGGCUCUCACGCCGGAGGAUCUGGAGGCACCUUUGAUCGUGCCGGUGGCCGCGACAACGAAAAGGGAACCGGUGGAGCAAGUGCAUUGGAUGACACAGAUGUCGCUGGUGUGAAUUUCAACAACUAUAGCCGAGAUGCAUUGAUGCGGAAACUCGCUAGGACAGAUGACACAUCUGCAGAAACCGAUACGAAGCGCGUCGCUGUGCCCACUAAAAAGGAAAGCAAACCGCUUCCCGUCAAUGUCAGCCAGGCAAGCAGAUGUGUUUUGCUUCGUAAUAUGUUUGAUCCUGCUGAGGAAGAAGGUGAAGCCUGGAUCAAAGAACUGGAAGACGACGUCCGCGCAGAAUGCGAGGAGAAAUACGGCCACGUUGUGCACAUCGCCCUCGACCCCAACACCCAAGGCGACAUCUACCUAAAGUUUGAACGCGUCUCGGGAGGAGAAAAUGCCAUCAAAGGGUUAAACGGACGCUAUUUUGGCGGUAGGCAGAUCAGCGCGCAACCCGUCGUUGACGCCGUGUACAGCAGUUUGUUCUCUAGGACGAAAGCUCUAUGA